AGGAGGAAUGUAUAAAUAUUCCACAGAAGUUUUGCUUGUCGCUGCAGUGUGUCUGUAUGUCUGUGUGUGUGUGUCAGUGUGGGAGAAAAACGGUAUGCGCGUGAAUUUAUUUAUGAGAAACCGUCUAAAUUAAAACAUUUUGCACUUUAAUAUUCAAGGCAGCUCUGCUAACCACAGGAAAAACAGCCCACUCCUGAAAUCAAGACUGCCAACAUGGUUGCUACAAGCACUUUAAAGACCAAAAGCAGCGAAUGCAUCACAGACUUGGUUGACAGAAGAUAUGACCAGGCUUGCAUCGAAAAGGAACUGGACUUCUGGGAUCACUGCCUAGCCGAACCCCAGAGGAAUGCAGAUAUCGCCGAGGACAGAACCUGCCAGCAGCUAGCCAAGAUGUUCGAAAACUGCCUGUCACGAGCUAAGAAGACGACCCUGCACUGCUCCUCUGUUCUGGUACCAGAGAAGCUCACACGAAAGAUAGCUCGUGAAGUCCUACGGCUCUCAUCCUGCGAGCCCUGCGGCCUGCGAGGCUGCGUCCUCUACGUCCACCUGGAGCUGGAAAAGGGCUGCAAGCGGCUGGAGCGCAUCGUGUAUGAUGCCACCGUGGUGCCAACAUUUGAGCUGACUCUUGUCUUCAAGCAGGAUGGCACAGCCUGGCCUAGCCUACGGGACUUCCUUUUUAUGGGAACAUGCUUUGCUCCGACUUUCAGGCAUGUACUUAAACUAAGUCCAGGUUUCCGGCUUGUUAAGAAAAAACUGUACUCCUCCUCGGCUGGCACCGUUGUAGAGGAGUGCUGAACUAUGGGAGGGAUUAGAGCAGGAUAUCUGGUUUCCUGUGGGUACAUGCACUUCUGCCCUAAUGUAAAUGACACUUAAGUGGUGUCUAAUUUUCUACAGUGUUUUUGUACAAUAGUUUGUCAGUUCAACUCUUAGUAGCCAGCAAGUUCAGUUUGGGAAGUGGGAUAUUCAAAUGUUAAAGGCUUUUGCAUAUAUGAGCCUGAUAGUUCUGGGUUUGCCUUCAGUGUUUCUAAAGUGCUUUUUUUAUCAGCAAAAUUGUUAUAUUUGGGGUGUUUUUUUUCUAAUUGGAGCAUUUGUAGCUCAGACACAAUUGAAACUGUACAAUUUGCAGAUGAAUGUAAAACCGUGUUUGAGGGGACAUACUGUGGGUACACUUUGUUAAAGACACUCGCCACUUUGUUGAUGCAUCUGUGUGUUUCCAGAUGCAUUGAAUGUGUUCAGCUUGUAUAGGAGACUGUAAUCUAGUCUUUGGGGGCCAUAUGUAGCUAGUUUGCAAUGUUUUCAGAGCUGUGGAUGUUUUUAGGAGUGAAUGUCUUGUGAUGAUGCUGCUGUCACGGUGUGGGCUCUCUUGCUGUGACGAUGUGGAUGCCUUAAAUGUUGUGGAAAUGUGCUUUUUUCACUUGGAUCACUGUUUGUCUAGUGUGAAUGUUUUUAAUGUGUAAUAAUUCUUAAAACUCCCAUCCCCAGACUUGUUAAACUCAGAGCCUUAAUAGAUAUUUAAAAGGAUGGUUCACUCAAAUGUAAAAGUUAAUUUGUUUUAAGUGUUAUUUGGGAUAAAAGAAAUUACUAGAGGUCCAACUGGUAAUUUUCUUUUUUUUUUCUUCCUUUGAUGAAUUCCCUGCAAUUUUUUAAAAUGCCUUUGAACUUCCUGUUGAAGGAAACUAAACCUUGUCUGUUAGACAAUUAAAAGUUUAAACUGAA